UCCUUAUCUCCUCCGCAAAGGUGAAUAUGGGGAGCCAUGGCUCUCGCUUUAGAUUGACGGUUGAAGGAAAAAUAUCUGCAAACCCAUUCCAAUUCGCGAUAAAUGUGAAAGAAGGGUCGAAUACGCUAUUCCAUAUGAAUCCUCGCUGGUCGGAAGGACGCACUGUUUUCAACAUAUGUCACAGUUCUCGCGGAUGGGGUCAACCAGAGUAUGCCUUCUUCUCAUCCCUGACCCCAAAGGCGAAUUUUCGUGUUGAAAUUGUAUACCAAGGUGGUCGAUUUGAGGUGGUGGUAAAUGAUGAACCAGCUGUCUACUUCCAGGAAAAGCUUGCCAUGGCACGGACUGAGAAAGAGAUUACGGUAGAAAAAGUUGAUCAGAAGGACUUAGCUUUAAGGAGCGUUCAGCUGGUUGAGUUUUAACUACUAUUUUCGAGACAAGUAACCUGGAAGGUAAAAAUCCUUCGACAUUAUAUAUUCAAGCUCCCUUCUAAUAAAACCACAUUUAGUGGACAC